AUGUCGCUCAAACUUCCACAAGCCCCAAACUCCGGGUUAUUCAAGCAGGGAUACCAAUCACACUCGUCUGCCGAUGGUGUCAUCAUCAGAAACAUUGAGGCAGUCAGAGAAAUCUCCUCUAUCUUACUCACCUCUAUGGGUCCAAGUGGCAGAAACAAGAUCAUUGUGAACAAGUUGGGCAGAAUUUUCAUCACAAACGAUGCUGCUACCAUGUUGAAUGAGUUGGAAAUUAUCCAUCCUGUGGUCAAGAUCUUGAUCAUGGCCUCAAAGCAGCAAGAAUUCGAGAUGGGUGACAAUACCAAUUUGGUCAUCAUUUUGGCUGGUGAAUUCUUGAACGUCGCCGAAAAGUUACUCACUUUGGGCUUGAACGUCACUGAGAUUAUGCAAGGAUACAACUUGGCUAAUAAGUUUGUUAACGAAACCUUGGAAAAGUUGGUGGUUGAUCAGGUCGAAUCAGUAUUGGAUCCAGAGCAAUUGAACAAGGUGAUCAGACCUGUCAUUUCAGCAAAGCAAUACGGUAACGAAGACACUAUUUCCAAAUUGGUGGGAGAAGCAGUUCAAACAAUCUUGAACCCAAAGAACCCUCAGUCCUUCAACAUUGACAACGUUAGAGUUGUCAAGAUUAUGGGUUCCUCUUUGUCGAACUCACAAGUCGUUAAGGGUAUGGUAUUCCCAAGGGAGCCAGAGGGUUCCGUGAAGAACAUUUCCAGCAAGUCCAAGGUAGUUGUUUUCACUUGUCCUAUCGAUAUUUCCACAACUGAAACAAAGGGUACCGUGUUAUUGCAUAACGCCAAAGAAAUGCUUAACUUUUCCACAGGUGAAGAAGAACAGUUGGAUCAAAUGUGUAAGGAAAUUCACGAAUCCGGUGUUAAAGUCAUUGUUGCUGGUUCCAGUAUCGGUGAGUUAGCUUUGCAUUACUUCAACAAGUACAACAUUUUGGUGUUGAAGGUUCCAUCGAAGUUUGACUUGAGAAGAAUUUGUCAAGUCUGCGGUGCUACUCCAUUGCCAAGAUUGGGUGCUCCAAUGCCAGAAGAAACUGGUGUUGUUGAUGUGAUUGAAACCAAGGAAAUCGGAGGAGACAGAGUUACCAUCUUUAGACAAGAUGAAUCUAUUUCUAGAACCUCCACCAUUAUCUUGAGAGGAGCUACCCAAAAUAGUUUGGAUGACAUUGAGAGAGCCAUCGAUGAUGGUGUCAAUGCUAUCAAGGGUUUAUUGAAGGACAACAGAUUGUUGCCAGGAGCCGGUGCCGUUGAAAUCGAAUUGAUCAAAUUAAUCACCAAAUAUGGAGAAAACACUCCAGGUUUAUUACAAAUUGCUAUAAAACAGUUUGCUAAGGCUUUCGAAGUGAUUCCAAGAGUUUUGGCUGAAACCUCGGGUUUGGAAUCAUCCGAGUCCUUGAGUAAGUUAUAUGCUGCCCAUUCCACUGAAGAUGGUUUGAAGAUGGGUAUUGAUGUUGAGAGCGACGAAUUGGUCGACAUCACCGACAUCGGAAUCUACGACUUAUUGUCCGCCAAGAAGUCUGCUAUAAAUUUGGCUGUCGAGGCUACUAAUACCAUUUUAUCCAUUGAUCAAAUCAUUAUGGCCAAGAGAGCCGGAGGACCCCAAAUUCCAAAGCAGCAAAGACCUGGUAACUGGGACCAGGCUGAUUAA